ACACGGCAAAACAAACACGGAAUCUGCUCGGCUAAACUUUCGAUGCUGAUUAAUCUUUCCUCUGAACAGGUUCAUUAGUGUACCACUGUCAGAUCUACUGCGUACGUCCUUCUUUAUCUUUAUGAGGGCUCUUGUGUGGUGGAAACAUUGUCGCCAAUCAGCACACAAUUUUUGCUGAAAUUGCAUGAUUUUUUCUCCACGUAUUGCCCUGCGGUGCAGCUUAACAUCGCGUGUGCCAAUUUUUCGCGAAUGCAACGAAAAUCUAAUGAGUGAAUCAGUGAGCUCGGUAUCGGAAAAUCGGUGGUGAAGAGAAUUUGAUGAAAACAAGAAAGCAACAAUACGCGAGAAUCGACCAGUGAGUAGUGACGAUCGCCGUCGAGAUUCGUGCGUUUCGCUAGUGAUUGGGUAAUAUUUUGGGUUGUGAGAAAAUUGUUGCCUAGUGUCGGUGGGACAGGUAUCACAUGUAACAAUUUAGCUGGACCGCGGACGUGUGAAUCUGCUGGAAAUUGGCUGCUUCCGCGGUGGAGAUAACGUCGAAGGUGAAGCAGAAAAAAAACGAGAUGAGAUCGCAGUUCAGCAAUUUCAACGCCUCGUUGAUCACAACCGGCGCAGGUUCGUCCUCGACCCCUCAGCGACCUCCCCGGCGAAGGGCACAAUCGGUGGGAAAUUCCGCCUAUGGCAGUUCCCUGGCGCUGGCUUCAUCCACACCGAGAGGGUCGUUGUUUAGCGCUACCGACGAAGAUGCAUGCCUCGUGCGGAUCAAAGUCGUGAGGGCGAAUUCGCUGACGAAAAAGGAUAUCUUCGGCAACAGCGAUCCGUACGUGAAAAUCGACGUUAACACUAUCCUCGGGGAUGUCAACAUCGAUUCCAUGGUCACAAAGACUAAGAAAAAGACACUCAACCCGGUGUGGGAUGAGGAAUUCGUCCUGCGGGUGAAACCAAACGAACACAAAUUGGUGUUCCAGGUGUACGACGAAAAUCGACUGACCCGGGAUGGAUUCCUGGGGAUGGUCGAGCUGACGCUAAUCAACCUUCCGCGGGAGCAGGAAGGACGGACAAUCGCUACCAAAAACUAUCCCCUCCGGCCGAAAAAGAUUUCCGGCAUGCUUCGGUCCAAAAUUAAAGGAUCACUCGACAUCUACCACGCGGUAAUGCGCGAUCAGUCCUCCACGGAUGUGUGGCCAAUCGACGAGCACUCGACGGCGGCCAACCUUCGAGCAGCACAGAUACCACCUUCGGCCCCUGUUGAUGCACUUCCGCCAGGUUGGGAGGAACGCCAGGAUGCAAUCGGACGCACGUACUACGUGAAUCAUGUUGCUCGCACGACCCAAUGGGAGAGGCCGACUGCGACCUCUGCCCAGCAAGGUGUUAGUGAGAUGGCGGCGGCAUUCCAGCGCCGAUUUCAUAUCAGCAACGACCCGGAGGAUGCCGGCAGUGCGAACGGUAAUGGGGACACUUCAAGCAUCACAUCCGAAGAUAACAACAGUGCUCGAUUGAAUCGCUCGCUGAGUGGAUCCACCUCGUCACUUAAUGCCAAUGGAAGCAACAAUGCCAAUAACAACAGUAUAUCUCCAUCACCAUCGUCCACAUCGCUCACGAGCAGCAGACCAAUCCGACCUGCUCCUCUGCCACCUGUGGGAGGUUCAGCAGCUUCAGACGGCAACACACCGACCAGUGGACGACGUCGCGCUCCGCAGCCACCCUCGGCAACAGCUUUUGCUCAAAAUGGCCGACACACGCCCGAAGACAACAAUCGCAAUAUAGACGACAGCGGAGGCAGUCGGGAGACUACCGAUCCCAACCAAAGCAACUCAUCGUCCAAUGCAGCUGCCGGCAGUUUGACUUCGUCGGGACCAUCAACCCAGCAGCCGCAGAUUCCCAAUAUGGAAGGUCUUCCACCGGGUUGGACCUCACAGCUGGCAGCCAACGGGCGACUAUUCUUCAUCGAUCACAUCAACAAGAAGACUUCCUGGGUUGACCCGCGAACUGGCGUUGCCAGUGCUAUUCCCGUUCCGGGGGUGAAUAAUAAUUCCGCAGCGGGAGGAGCUUCCGGGGCUGCCGUGGGUAGUCCAAACGCUAGACGACAGGAUGAUGAGUUGGGUCCACUGCCUGAGGGCUGGGAGGAACGGGUGCACAGUGACGGGCGGACAUUCUUCAUCGAUCACAACACUCGCACGACACAGUGGGAUGACCCGCGGCUUUCGAAUCCGAAAAUUGCCGGCCAGGCGGUACCCUACUCUAGGGAUUACAAGCAGAAGUACGAGUAUCUCAAAAGUCAACUGAAGAAGCCGGCUAAUGUUCCUAACAAGAUCGACAUAAAAGUGCGCCGCACCUCCAUUCUGGAAGACUCCUAUCGAAUAAUUAACUCGGUCAUCAAGGUCGAUCUGCUCAAGACGAAGCUGUGGGUGGAAUUCGAGGGUGAGGCUGGUCUGGAUUAUGGUGGCUUGGCUAGAGAAUGGUUUUAUUUGCUGUCGAAGGAAAUGUUCAAUCCUUACUACGGACUGUUCGAGUACUCCGCGAUGGACAAUUACACUCUGCAGAUCAACCCGUACAGCGGCCUCUGCAACGAGGAACAUCUGAACUACUUCAAGUUCAUCGGCAGGAUAGCGGGUAUGGCAGUUUACCACGGAAAAUUGCUCGAUGCCUUCUUUAUUCGGCCCUUCUACAAGAUGAUGCUGCAGAAGCAGAUCGAGUUGAGGGACAUGGAGGCGGUGGACACGGAAUACUACAAUUCACUGCUCUACAUAAAAGAAAACGAUCCGUCCGAGCUGAUGUUGACCUUCAGCGUGGACGAGGAAAGCUUCGGAACUACUAGUCAACGGGAACUGAAACCGAACGGGGCGAACAUUGAGGUGACGAACGAGAACAAGGACGAGUACAUUCGGCUGGUUAUCGAGUGGAGGUUCGUGGCUCGGGUAAAGAAUCAAAUGCAGGCAUUUUUGGAAGGAUUCGGUUCGCUCGUUCCAUUGCAUCUGCUGAAAAUCUUCGACGAGAAUGAGCUGGAGCUGCUGAUGUGCGGUAUUCAGAGCAUUGACGUUAACGACUGGAAGAGGAACACUUUGUACAAAGGAGAUUACUAUGCGAACCAUGUGGUGGUGCAGUGGUUCUGGAGGGCGGUUCUGUCGUUCAAUAACGAAAUGCGCGCGAGACUAUUGCAGUUUGUAACGGGUACCUCCCGGGUGCCAAUGAAUGGAUUCAAGGAAUUGUACGGGUCCAACGGACCGCAGAUGUUUACCAUUGAAAAGUGGGGCACUCCGAUCAACUUUCCAAGGGCGCACACUUGUUUCAAUCGAUUGGAUCUCCCACCGUACGAGAGCUACUCGCAGCUCAAGGAUAAACUGGUUAAGGCUAUUGAGGGCAGCCAAGGCUUCGCGGGGGUCGAUUAGAGAGUACACCAGUCUCUAUUUUAACAUUCCUAGGAGAACAAACAUGCACGAAAACACUACUGAUCUUCUCUCUAAGAGAAGCAUGUGUUUUUUUAACAGUUCUAGCUUUAAGUUGAAGUUGAAGCAAAGUAUACACAACCACUAUAGAAUAGACAUAUUUACGAAUUGAAUUAGCGAAGAUAAUUCGAACGCAAAAUAUGCCAUAAACAACACGCGUACGAGUCCCCUCAGAUACUAGCAAUCAAUCAACACUGUAACGAAGUGGAAGACGAAAGAUAUUGAAACCAAAACCAUCCGAGAUGGGAGAAGAGUGCCUUGCAGAGAUUGGCUGCGUUUGGCAGACACAUUAGGCCUUGUUUUCCACGAGCAAUAGCAAUCGAUGUUAGUUCAUUCCUGACCCAUGGAACAUUGCGCAAGUUGAUAUAAAGUCCAUUAGGAGAGUAAGCGCUGUGAACACUAACACAGACAAUGCUUGUUUGGUUUUCCCCCACAAUAAUCUGGUUCGUGUUGAUGAUCAAUUAUUAUCAAUUCAGUGAUUUUCCAAACAGUGUAGAAUGCGCACAAUAACAAGAAUGUCGAACUCCGACGGGAUGUGGUCUAAUUUGCAGCAAUCACCAUGAACGAGACCUGCAUGUAUUACUAUUUUUGAAAUAUACGCAAUUACAAUUAUUUAAA